AAACGACGAAAAAGUGUUUCGGCGGAAGUGCGUCUCUUUAGCAACAGCCGAAGCUGAGCGAUGGCCUCCUGCGUGAUAGACAACACGUAAAUAAAUAAAUCACCUCUGCAGUCGCCACACGGUAUCCUCAGCUCGUAGCUGUUUGCAGAACAAAGCGUGGGAAGACAAACCUGCCGCGGCGCGGGAUGGCCAGCGGCGGCGGAUUGGCGUCGAACCAAAGCGGUCCGGAGGCUCCGUCCAACUCGGCACAAUGCGGGGCUGCGGCGGCUCUGUGCAACAUGCCGGCCUCCGCUCCCGCAGCGUCCGCCUCCCCGCCGGGCCUCGGCCUUCAGCGCGAGCCCGUCUACAACUGGCAGGCGACGAAGAGCUCGCUGAAGGAGCGCUUCGCGUUCCUCUUCAACAACGAGCUGCUCAGCGACGUCAGGUUCGUGGUGGGCAAAGGCAGGCAGGCCCAGAGGAUACCCGCGCACAAGUUCGUCCUGGCCGCCGGCAGCGCCGUGUUCGAUGCCAUGUUCAACGGGGGCAUGGCCACCACUUCGGCGGAAAUCGAGCUCCCCGACGUGGAGCCGGCAGCGUUCCUGGCCCUGCUCAGGUUUCUGUAUUCUGACGAGGUCCACAUUGGCCCAGAGACCGUGAUGACGACUCUGUACACAGCCAAGAAAUACGCAGUUCCGGCCCUGGAGGGUUACUGUGUGGACUUCCUCACCAAGCACCUCAGAGCCGACAACGCCUUCAUGCUUCUCACCCAGGCGAGGUUAUUCGAUGAGCCUCAGCUCGCCACUCUCUGCUUGGACACCAUCGACAAAAGCACCGCGGACGCCAUAAACGCCGAGGGCUUCACCGACAUUGACCUUGACACUCUGUGCGCCGUGCUGGAGAGGGACACGCUCAGCAUCAGGGAGAACCGUCUGUUCGAAGCGGUGGUCCGCUGGGCGGAGGCGGAGUGCUACAGGCAGCAGCUUCCCCCGACCGCCGAGAACAAGCAGAAAGUUCUGGGCAAAGCCCUCCCGCUGAUCCGCUUCCCGCUCAUGACCGUGGAAGAGUUCGCAGCCGGGCCUGCCCAGUCUGGAAUAUUGUUCGAUCGGGAGGUGGUAAAUCUGUUUUUACACUUUACAGUAAACCCCAAACCACGGGUCGACUACAUUGACAGGCCUCGCUGCUGCCUCAGGGGGGAGGAGUGUAGCAUUAAUAGAUUCCAGCAGGUUGAGAGUCGGUGGGGGUACAGCGGCACCAGCGACAGAAUCAGAUUUAAUGUUAGCAGAAGAAUAUCCAUCGUGGGUUUUGGUCUUUAUGGUUCCAUACACGGACCCACUGACUAUCAGGUCAACAUACAGAUCAUAGAGAGCGACAAACGUAUCACACUGGGCCAGAACGACACCGGUUUCAGCUGCGACGGCUCAGGAAACACCUUCCGGGUGAUGUUUAAAGAGCCCGUGGAGAUCCUGCCCAACAUCAGCUACACUGCAUGUGCCACCUUAAAGGGUCCAGACUCGCAUUACGGCACCAAAGGGUUGAAGAAAGUGACCCAAGAAUCGUCGACCGGGACCAAAACUACAUUCUUGUUUUUUAGCUCGCCCGGAAACAACAACGGCACGUCGGUAGAGGACGGGCAGAUCCCAGAGAUCAUCUAUUACAUAUGAACCUUACGUGUUGCCAUGCAGGUACAACGAAACCAGGGAGACCUCAGACUACUGGGAAGACUGGACUGCUCUGAAUGGAUCCAGCGCCGCGGGAUCCCCUGCAGUUUUGAGCACGUGUGUGUGUGUGUGUGUUUGUGAGUGAGUGAGAAUAAUGUGUGUGAGAAUCUCUGUACAUACACAAACACGCAGUUCUGUUUGCAAAGAAAGGUUUUUUGUUUUUGUUUUUUGUCGUUGUCUAAAUACGUUACUAAGCUGCCUGCGGUGCAGAAGUUGCAACAAGGACAACCCAACCUUCACGGAGGCCAACUCACUAUGUCUGUGCUGAUGCAUAUUUCUAAUGUGCGCUGUUGUACUUUAUAAAACAGGUGUCCACUUUUUCUGUGUUGUACAAAUGCUCCCCGUGCUUAAUUUGACCAGUAGUUCAUCCUGUAACUUAUUACUCAACGUUCACUUAGCACUUCACCAAAAUGUGACACCGGAGAGAGAGAGAUGUUCUGCGACCUUUAUGGUUGAAUCGAACGGGAAUUAGCUUAUUUUUUAGCAAUAAAAAGUGCUAAGACCAGAC